AUGAAGGUCAACAUCAAAGAAUGGAACGCCGUCGCGACCUGGCGAUGGGAUAUGCCCGACGACGAGGUCUGCGGUAUCUGUCGCGUCCAGUUCGACGGCACUUGUCCGACCUGCAAAUUUCCAGGCGACGACUGUUCUCUACUACUUGGCAAAUGCGGCCAUUCCUUCCAUAUGCCUACACAACUGGAGAUGUCUCUUCCAAAACAUACCACAUCUCCCUCCCUAUCCUCCUCUCCAUCCCGACAAUCUAUCCGACGACCUGCCAACUCGAACGCCCCGUCCCGCCCCCAGAGCAUCAUCGACCGACCCCCCACAGCCCAACAAACGCACCAUCCUCUCGAAUCAACCACCACCCACGAUCCUCCCCUCGAUAACCCUCCCUCCCAAACCCAUCAAGGAGACGGACAUCAUGACUUCCCACCGCAGCACCACCAACCACCGCCCUUCCAGCCCUUCUUCACUCUAAUCGAAGACGCCAAUACCUCCGAAUACUACCACCCCACAGUCCACUACAUCUUCUCGGAUGACGACACCGACAUCGUCACGGAGGCUGCGCUCCGCUCGCUCGAAAACGACCAGGACGUGCUGUCUCAAGGCCCGAAGGGGAAAUCGAAGCCCGUCCGCGCCAAAGAUGGAGCAGGAGACGGGGAGGUCUACGACGAAGAAGAUGACGAGUUCGCCAUCGCGAGAAAAGAUCCGCUUCUUCUGCCUCCGAUCCCCGGCGUGCGUGAUAACUAUAUCAUCCUGGACUUGGAGACUACGGCGUCCGAUGAGACGGUGCAUCCGGGAAACGUAGCCGCUGCUUCGAAUCGCGAGAAUAUCACCGGUGCUUCGUCGAGUCUUCCUUCGCAGACACAGACACAUCUAGCAGGGGCUCAAUCACAACAGCAACAGCAGACGCAACAUCCAAAUACACCGAACCCGCAAACCCAAACCCCCGACCACAAAGGCCCCCAACCUCCCCAAUUCAGCGUCUCCUCGGUACACAGCCUCACGCCCUCCUGGCAAGUCCUACACACACAAGUAAUACCCGCGCCGACGUUCGAGAAAAACACCUCCAACGAACCCGUCAACGGUGGCUUGAUGCUCAAAAUCCAAGGAACGGCCGGCCUGCCGAUCACGCUGCUCGGGAAAGACCGCGACAAGGAGCGAAGUAGCCAGCGGUUGGAGGAAAUGAUGGAUCAGUUCUCGAAGCGGCUGGGGGAGCUGAGACAGGUGGUUGAAGCUGGGGAGCAGGGGCAGUUUGGGGAGGAGCGUGGAGGGGAAGAAGGGGUAGAGGAACAGGAACCGAACGAUGCAACGGCGGUGGUGGGGUUUGGAAAUGAUAAUGCUCUUGGAGUUCAUUUGGAGGGAGAGGGUGGUGCGGAGGUGGGCAAUGGCGAGGAUGGUAUGGAAAAUGAAGGAUAA